GUCCCGCCUACUGCUGGCGGAAGUAACUCACAUGACCGGAGCGUUAGGUAAUACAAGCCUGGGCCCAAAUAUCGUCUGUAAAACCUAAAUCUGAAUUGGAAUAAUCUCACCCAGAACUGAAGGACAUCAUUAUAUUCAUAAAGGCUAAUAUUAAUUGUCUCCGGCCAGAUUAAGAAUGCCGUCGCUUUUAUUUUGCGGUCCGAAAUUGGCUGCUUGCGGGAUAGUAUUAAGUAUAUGGGGCGUCAUAAUGCUGGUGAUGCUGGGGAUAUUUUUCAGUGCUCACUCAGCAGUACUGAUCGAAGACGUGCCCUUCACAGAGGACGACAUGCUCAAUGAUAAAAAUCCACCGCAGGCUAUCUACGCACUGUACAACCAAGUUGGCUACAAUUGCUUUAUUGCAGCCGCCAUCUACUUGGUGGUGGGCGGUAUCUCCCUCUGCCAAGUCCGACUCAACAAGCGCAAUGAAUACAUGGUGCAUUAAACCCCCUGCUGGACGGAAACGAUAUAACAAACUGGAGUAGAUUGGAUUUUACAUCUCUAACUUUAUUAUCUGUUUUGAUGAUGGUUCACGGGCCUCUAUAUGGUACAAACAGUCCACAAGGGUGUAUUAUGUUCUAUAUUAUGGAAAAUAAAUGGAAUUCAGAUGAAGAGAGAAUAUUUGUUUUGAUGGAAAUAACCGGAUAUUUUCCUGGUCUACAUGUAUUUAUUUGUUCAGAUGAUGUGUUGUAACUUAAUAUUAAAACUUAAAGCAUCACUUUAGUAGUCUGGUGCAGUAAAAUGCUCUAUAUUGAAUUUCAGGUUAAAUGUUUCUCAAUAAAUAUUCAUAAUUUAAACUAUUAUGAUUAUAGUUCUUGGCCCUGUUAUGAAGUCAUAAUGUCCUCUCUUAUUGUUAGUCAUAAGACCUGUGUAUUAUAUAUAAAUAUAUAAAAUACACACAUUUUUAGGUGAACAUAAGUAUGCCAUUCACAUAUAGAUGAACUUUUUGUCAUUCUUUAUCUGCAUAAUGCUGAAUGUUGUAAAUUUAAUGGAGAUUGAUGCAGCUAGAAUUUGAUUUUUUUGUUAUCAGGCCAGAUGAUGCUUUAGGCCUGGCUUUCCUCUGUUUUUACUCUCAGUCUUCAGUUCCCUCCAGUAACAGGAGUGAGUUUUGAAAGUAGCCCUAUUACUGUAAAACAGGAAGAUGUGUGUUAUGGUGAUUGGGAGUUUGUCCUGCUUAGUAAAAUGUGUAUUUAUGUGGUUUUGACUCUUCUGUGAUUAAAUGUUUGCAUCCAGUCUACCUGUAAUAAACCUAAACAUGAAGAAUCUUAAA